AUGUUCCUGUCAAGAAAUGUUUCGCUUAACAGUCCCGUCCUGCAGAUGCUGCUCUGUUCAGGUCUGGACCUUAAUCUCAAAGACACCUUUGGUCGGACCGCCAUGCACUGCUUGAUGAGUAGGAUACAUUCUAGUGUCUCGCACUCGACUCCUUGUGCGAGUCGACCCCGCGAUUUCAACAUGACGGUUAAUUGCGUGGAGACGUUGGUGAGAGGUGGCGCGGAUAUCAACUGCUUGGAUGGGUCUAGACAGUCGCCGCUGCACCUGGUGGCCUUCUACAACAUCCCAUCCUAUGUGUCAAUAUUGGUUCGGUUUGGCGCGGAAACGGAUGCAAAGGACAUCAACGGGAAUUCCCCGCUUCACGUCUGUGCCAUGUUCUGUCAUGCGGAGACCCUGGCGGCGCUUCUCGAUCAUGGCGGGAACCCGAUGCUAGGAAAUUCCAGAGGGGAAACACCCUUGCAUAUCGCAUCCAGGAACUAUGCUCAUUCGGGUCUCGGUUGCAUUAAGGUCCUUCUUCCAGUCGUGGAAGACGUCAACCAACCUGAUAACGACAUGAAUACCGCGCUUCACCUAGCCGUCAGUAUCUGUACGCAGACUGACAUAAUCGCUCGUCUCUUAGCUCGAGGGGCUGAUCCGGAUCGGAGAAACGCACAAGGCCAAUCGGCGUUGUUCAUGUACCUCAACAGCAAGGUUGUCGAACAGCAACAUCAUUCUCUCCUUAGACCCUCUCGCUUCCCUAGCAUCAGACUUCCAGAACUGGGAAAGAAAAUUCGUCAUUCGGCUUUGUUCUGUUUACUCAUGGAUCAUACAACUUACGUCAGGAUAACAGACAAUGAUGACAGACUUCCAAGAAUGUUGACCCUACCUGAAGCGUUUGAUUUGAGUUGUUGGUUACAUCGUGUCGCGAGGACGACACCGUCACUUAUGUUCUUGUGUCGCCAAGCUGUGAGAAAGGCUCUCAGGCCAUAUCGCCUCAGCGAGGACGUCUGCAAUGCUCUAGAACUUCCCAGUCAACUCAGAGAGUAUAUCAUCAUACCAAUAUACAAGAAAGACUGUUUUGCCCCUUGGGCUCACAGUUCUCAAGACUCUUAA